AUGUCCGACAGCGAUCAUCUAUUCGAUGGGUUCGUUGGCUACGUCGCAGAAGUUUCCAUCAACUCGGAAUCGCCGAUUACAAAGUAUUCGUUGUCGAGAAGUUUCAAAGAUCUCUGCAAAUUGAAUAUCAACGACAGAUUCUUUUGUAAUAAAUUUGACCAAAAAGUUGUCGAGCGUAUCCUGAAAUCAAAGUACGACAUCGAAUUGAAAGCGAGAAUAUUCUUCGUCACAAGCACCCCAGUCACCUGGCCGGAUUUUCUAGAGGAACUUGGAAAAAUCGCGACUUACGAACUGGACAGUCAUUAUCGAUUGAUAAGGUACGUGUCGAAGGUUGACGGCGUGACGAAAUUCAAAGGAGAGCAUAGAAAAUGGAAUGGAAGAGGACGGGCGGUUCAGAUGGAUAGUAGCGAGGUGCCAACAGAGCCGAAUAGGGAUGAUGGAGAGGUGUUCGGUGUGGAAGAGGAAGUGGAGGAUCCGGAGAUUAUUGAGCCACCGAGAGUUCCCGUUACCCAGCCACAAAUGCCGCCACCACAGUAUAUGACUCCUUGGAUGAGAGGCCCCGCCUACCAGUUUGUGGUACCUGGAAGCCAAAUGUAUUAUGUGUCACAACCUGGACGUGUAAAUCCAGAAAGUUCUACGCCGGAAGACGAUGAAGGGAGAUCGAAGAGACAACUCCCAGUGAAUAAUGAGCCAGGGCCAUCGACGAGUAAUAACAGAGACCCUCCUGAGAUGGAGCCAUCACCCAAGAAAAUGAGGAAAUCAGUGGAGCCAAUUUUUGAGGAGAGAAAAGUUGAGGAUCUGAUCAUAUUAGAGCCUCCAAUUGUGAAUCAACCACUAAUUUCACGGAAUCACGGAUCGUCUUUCAUGGAUACCAGUUCUUUAAUUAAUCACUACUCAAAAUUCCUACGGGAAAUUUAUUUCUUCCACGGAGAAGUUUCUGGAAGUUUCAAUCGGGAGAUCAAGGAUUUGUAUACGGCGGUGGAGAAUCAGAAUCAUGGAAUGAACAUUACCCCAUCAAAGAUCAAGUCUCAUCUGGAAGUGUGCCUUGAUGAGAUCUGCGCUGAUAAAACGACCGAAUCUGAUGACACUUUGAACCUGACCACAAUGCUAAACGAUUUAAACCAAAUGGCCAGACACUUGGGAGAUGAUCUUUCGUUGAAAAUCGUCCCGUUGGUCACGAUAUAUUUGGAAGAAACAAAGGAGUCGGAUACUGUGUCGAAAAAAGGGGCAAAAGAGGCAAUUGAGAACAUGAUUAAUAGAUUGAAGAAAUGUGCAAAAUCAUCUUGA